AUGGCUAUCUCAAUUGUCCUACUGGCAUCAAUUGUUGCAGCCCUCGCAGUACUCUUCUACGUUGUUAGCAGCAUCCAAAGCUAUCGUCGUCUAUCCCACAUUCCCGGUCCACCCUUGGCCGCCUUCAGUAUCCUAUGGCAGAUACGCGCAUUAAACUCCGGCCAGAAUAACCUAAAAGUCGAAGAGGUCAACCAAAAGUAUGGGCCCCUCGCCCGCAUUGGGCCCAACAGCCUGGUUACCAGCGACCCGGACCUGCUCCGCCGCAUGAGCGCCGCUCGAUCUCCGUAUCGGCGAGGGAGCUGGUACAAUGCCAUGCGCAUGAAGCCUCGCAAGGACAAUAUCCUCAGCGUAAGGGAUGAGAAGCACCAUGACGAGCUGCGGCGCAAGAUGGCGUUUGGCUAUGCGGGGAAGGAGAACCCACUGCUGGAAGAGACAAUCGACAAGCACAUUCACGAGUGUGUUGACCUCAUCGAGCGCAAGUACGUCUCCUCUGGCACGGAUCUGAAGAAGAUGGACUUUGGGCGCGUAGCCCAGUUCCUCACGCUCGACAUCAUCUCGGGGCUCGCCUUCGACAGACCCUUUGGCGACAUCGCGCACGAUCAGGACAUGUUUGAGUACAUCAAGACGACCGAGGAGAACCUGCCGGUGAUGAUCCUCAUGACCAUCCUGCCGUGGGUGCACAAGCUUCUGGAAAAGAGCUAUCUGAUGGACUUUCUGGCGCCGAGCGUGAAAGAUAAGGUGGGCCUGGGGAAGAUCAUCAACAUUGCCCAGGAGAGGGUGGCGGAGAGGUUUCUUCCAGAUGGCAAGAAGAGGGAUCAGCAGGAUAUGCUGGGGAGUUUCAUUCGUCAUGGGCUCACACGGGAAGAAGCGGAGUCCGAGAGUGUCCUGCAGAUUCUCGCUGGCUCCGACACGACCGCUACGGGCAUCCGCACCACAAUGCUCUUCCUGAUAACAAACCCUUCCGUACUUGCGAAAUUGCGCUCUGAGAUCGAUUCCGCCAUGCGCGACAACCGCAUCUCCUCUCCCAUCACUGAUGCCGAAGCGCGCAACCUACCAUACCUCCAAGCAUUUAUUAAAGAAGGUCUCCGCAUCUGGCCGCCAAUAACGGGGCUGAUGGAGAAGGUGGUGCCGCCAGAGGGCGACGUUGUGAAUGGGAUGUUUGUACCUGGUGGGACGCAGAUCGGUUACUGCGCCUGGGGUGUCCAUCGCAACACCAGAAUUUUCGGCCACGACGCCGACGUCUUUAGACCUGACCGCUGGCUAGAGGCGCAAGGAGAGCAGUUGCAGAGCAUGGAACGAAACAACGAUCUGAUCUUCGGGCAUGGACGGUUUACGUGCCUGGGUAAGACUGUGGCGUUCAUGGAGUUGAACAAAGUGUUCGUUGAGCUACUACGCAGGUUCGACUUCACGAUCAUCGAUCCCAGCAAUCCAUGGAAGGUCACGAAUGUGGGUAUGUGGAUGCAGAGCAACAUGUGGGUCAGGGUCACGCGGAGAGAAGAUGCAGUGCGGUAG